AUGGAUACUGUUUACAUUGAAAUCCAACUAAAAGUAAAGGAUGAAACAAAAUCUGAGGAUAGAGCACUGGUCAGUACAUUCUACCUUUAUAAUGCUGAGCAACAUGGAAGUUUCCUUGUCAGCAGCCCCUUAUGCAUAGUGGAACUAUGCUGUGAGAGACUUCAAGAGUCAGUCCAGGCCACUAUCCUGAGUGCAGUAGUUAAAGCCCACGAAGGGUCAUCUCCUUUUCCACAUGGCGGAAGAAUUGUCUGCUCUUCACUACCUUGUCAUGGUUAUGAAGAUAUUACUGGGCUCCCAUCUACGGAAGUUGUGCUGCUUGACUCACAAGAUGGAAGAAUGCCAAUGGCUAGAAAUGGUCACCUUGAUCUGAUAAGGCGUGUGAUUUUUGUGGAAUUAAGAGGAAAGCUGAAAUUUAUCAUAAAGACCUAUUCACCUUCACACCCUGCUGAGAUGGCCUCUUAUGAUGUCCUCUUCACACCCGAAAAAUGCAACAUAAGUAAAAAAACAUGUAACCUUGGUGCUGGCUCUAAGGUGGAGAUUACUGUUGCUUGGUCCUUCCUUCCCGCAUCGAAGAUGCUAUCUUGA